UCGAGCUGUUGGCUGCACACCGCUACCAUGUUCCUCUACCAGCUGCUCAGCUUUUUCUUCGUUGCCUCCAAAAAGGAGGAGGAAUCCAAGUAUGACCUGUCUCUGUACAAGCGCGGCGACCUGCUGGAAGUGCCCAGGACGUUAUUCACGCAUUUCGGCAUUUACCUGGGGGACAAUCGCGUGGCCCACCUCAUUCCGGACAUCCUGCCCAUCCUCACUAGGAACAAAUCCGCCAUCGCCAAGAUGGUGACGAAUAACCGCCUGCUGAUGGGGGUUAUCGCCAAGGUGGCCAGCGUGAGGGUUGACUCGGUGGUGGAUUUUGCCUACGGCUCAGAGAUUCUCAUCAACCACAUGGAUAGCGUGUGCAGCCAGCCUCCUCUGGACGGGGACGAGGUGGCGCGAAGGGCCGAGAAACUCCUGGGAUCGGUCACCUACAGCUUGCUGUGGUACAACUGUGAACACUACGUCAUGUACUGCAGAUAUGGCAUGGCCAUUAGCUACCAGACAUACCAGUUCUGUACGAUCGUGCGAAAGAUCGCGUUCAGCAGAAUAAGCGCCUAUUUGACUGCGCUGUGCGGAGCGUGCACCGUGCUGUAUCUGGGCUGCGUGACGCCGCUGACAGUUUUACCGACCUUGCUCAUCCCGUUCACCAUCUGGAUGGCGGCCUAACGACCCCUGGCUCAUGAGAAAAGACUCUGCUGGAAGCUGAAAUGAGGUCCUGCGGUUUUGCAGACUGAGGAAAGUCUUUGGGAAGCAAAUAUUCACUAUAAAAUAGUAUCAGUGGGGUUUUUUUUUGUUUGUUUGUUUUUGCUUUGCCUCAAUAUGGUAUCAGUCUACUCCUAGGAGGGGUGCUAUUCCAGACUGAUUUUAAGUUAGAUGGCAUUAAUGUUCACCAGACCUUGAAAUUCAACACUUAUGUCAUUUAUCUAUAUAUGUAUUAUAAAUGGAUUCUGAUUGGGGAGAGUAAAACUUUACAGGCUGCGACCAAGUGUAGCAGAGACUAACGUCACAGCCAACAGAUACUUGCAUCUAGUGUAGAAUCACUGCACAAAAAAAAUGUAAACUGUGAAGUGCAGUAAUAGGUUCUUCUUUUGUAACACAAUUGUGAUGAAGGUCAGUUGCUGUGUUUACUUGUUGGCAGUCCAUUAAACAUGUGUUUCUACUUGC